UGUCCCUGUGAUGGACUGGAGACCUGUCCAGGUGUCCCCCACCUCUCACAGUGACCACUGCGACCUGAAAGGGACGAAGUAGGUAAAGAUGAUGGAUGGAUGGAAGAUCUCCUUUGCCUGAGGAACAUCAACCCUUUAUUCCUAAAUUAUUAUUUAAUUUUGAGCAUCUCGGCUUUCCUCAGUUCCAACCCACUGACGUCAUUCUGCUCAAAAGUGGCAUUAUGAAAUAAAUAAGCCGUUAUGAAAAACACAAUUAUGAAAUAAAUAGGCCAAUUUUUCUUAUUUCAUAAUGAUGUAUUUAUUUUUGAGCACGUCUGUGUUGUACACUGGGAGGAGAUAGAAACCCAAAGCAAAUGGUAUGAAAUGCAGGAGCGCCUCCUCUGGUGGAGACAGAUCAUUUCCGCAUUUCACUCGACCUUCUCGCUCCUGCUGCGGAAAAUGGAUCUUAUUUCGGACCAAACCUACAAAUAUGAGCUGAUGUAGAUGGUGGAGAGCCGCCCUCUUCAUGUGGGAGCAGGUUACAUGAUGAUUACUGCAGAGCUGGUGUUCGUGUGUGCUGCCUUCACUGCCUCAGCUUCAGGCUGCAGAGACGAAGAAUUCACUGCAAGCAACGGCCUGUGCUGCCCCAUGUGCAACCAAGGAACGGUUGUUGGCAAAGACUGCACGGUUGAGUUCGGGACUCGCUGCGUCCCCUGUGAGGCGAGGACGUUCAUGAACCAACCCAACGGCCUGAAGAAGUGCUUCCCCUGCACCUCCUGUGACCCGGGCGACGGUCUCUUUGCUGACCAGGAGUGUUCAACAACAGCGGACACAGUUUGUGAGGCGUUAAAGGGAUUUUUCUGUAAAACUGUAGCAGCGUCAGGGUGCAGCGAGGCGGAGGAACAUUCACUCUGUAAACCUGGACAGAGGAUCAAAGAACCAGGGACCAACAGAAGCGACACGGUGUGUGAAGACUGUCAGGACGGAUAUUUCUCCUCUGAAGGUCUGACCUGCUCUCUGUGGACAAAAUGCUCUGAAACCCAAACGGAGGUCAAAGAGGGAAGCUCGGUCAGCGACGUCGUCUGCAGGAGCGGAUCAACACGACACCAUUACUGGUUGUUCUUGUACUUUCUACCGUUUCUGUGUUGCUUAGCAACCGUGGGUUACAAGCAAACAAAGGUCAAACUCAUUUCUUUACCUUCAAUCGUUUUACUCUAAACUUAUAAAGACUUCUCUGAGAG